UGGGGAGCUUCUGGGGAGGACAGGUCGCAGCUUGGCUAUGGAAGGCUCCAAUGGCUUUGGGAUCGACUCCAUUCUCUCCCACCGCGCGGGCAGCCCCGCCCUUCCCAAGGGGGACCCCUUGCUCGGGGACUGCCGCUCGCCCCUGGAGCUGAGUCCGCGCUCGGAGAGCAGCAGCGACUGCUCUUCACCAGCCUCGCCAGGAAGGGACUGUCUGGAGACGGGCGCCCCGCGGCCUGGUGGGGCGUCAGGCCCAGGUUUGGACUCCCACCUGCAGCCUGGGCAGCUCUCGGCCCCAGCCCAGUCGCGCACCGUGACCUCCUCCUUUCUGAUCAGGGACAUCCUUGCCGACUGCAAACCACUAGCGGCCUGUGCACCCUACUCUAGCAGCGGGCAGCCGGCUGCCCCUGAGCCUGGGGGCCGUCUUGCGGCCAAGGCCGGAGAGGACUUUAGAGAAAAGCUGGACAAAAGUGGAAGCAACAAUUCCUCAGAUUCUGAGUACAAAGUGAAGGAGGAGGGCGACCGCGAGAUCUCCAGCUCUCGGGACAGCCCCCCGGUGCGCCUGAAGAAGCCGCGCAAGGCGCGCACGGCCUUCACCGACCAUCAGCUGGCGCAGCUGGAGCGCAGCUUCGAGCGGCAGAAGUACCUGAGCGUUCAGGACCGCAUGGAGCUCGCUGCGUCGCUCAACCUCACCGACACACAGGUCAAGACCUGGUACCAGAACCGCAGGACUAAAUGGAAGCGACAGACUGCCGUCGGGCUGGAGCUGCUGGCGGAGGCAGGCAAUUACUCGGCGCUCCAGAGGAUGUUCCCGUCGCCUUAUUUCUACCCGCAGAGUCUCGUUUCCAACCUAGAUCCCGGCGCCGCACUGUAUCUGUACCGCGGGCCCAGCGCGCCCCCGCCCGCCCUGCAGAGACCUCUGGUCCCGCGCAUCCUCAUCCACGGACUCCAGGGCGCCAGCGAGCCGCCCCCGCCGCUGCCCCCGCUGGCCGGCGUCCUGCCGCGCGCCGCGCAGCCUCGGUGAACCGUGCGCCCGCCGCCCCGCGGCCCCCUUUGCCUGAAGCUCGGAGGGCGCGGGUUUCAACGCCCCUUCCAGGGGCCCCCUGUCCGGCCUCCCAGGCGCCCCAGCCAGUGUCCCCGAAGGGCCCAAAGCCAAGUCUACUGAGGCCCGGACCCCGGACUGAGUCUCCCUAACCCUCC